AUGUUCGCCCCAGAUCCGAAACACAUCGACGAGAAAGUCCUCGACCACACCGGCCACAUCAUCACUCACCACGACAUCCCACAAGCACACGUAAUCUCACGACUACGAACCCAAAACCGCAGUCUCGGCUCCCUCUCCCUGAUAGCCACCCACACCCGCACGCAGUUCGCUUUCUACAAAAACGACCCCGCCUGCCUCCUGACUUUCCGCUUCCAAUUCCUCGGCUCUUCCAACGCUUUUCGCUUCCAGAAAGCUGAUGUUCGGAUCGAAUUCAAAGCUGCCUCUUCUUCUCAUGCUGCUGCUGCUGCUGCUGCUGCUGCUGCUGCACCCGUGGUGGUAGACUACGGUCCGAAACAUCUAUCGAGUGCUGGAACGGACGGGCAGAGGAAUUGGUGGUACAAUGCCACGCUUUCCGCUUCGGCGAAUGGAAUGGUGCCCGUGCCGGUCGGACCCAGCAUCAGCAUGGGAGGCGGAGGCAGUCAUGGGAAACACACUGCCGUUACGGUCGAAGGGGCGGAUUUCGCCGCACAUGGACAGCAGGAAGCGAACAUUGCGAAAUUCUGGCUGAGGGAGGACGAACAGCGACAAGUCAGCAGCAUACAUCUCCCUUUUCCUGUGCAUGAAAUUCUCUUUGCUGACAAAAAGGCUUCGCGUUAGGACGGCGUCCCGUGCGACUUCGAAUGCGCUGUCAUUGUCAAAUGGACCGAUUCCUUUGAAGCACAGAUUGAUGUCAAAGUCGGUCCGCUAUUCGACUGGCUAGCGAGUCCUUGGCCGUCUUCGAGUCCAAUUAUCAUCCAGAGAGGAGUAGACUACGGAGAGCCAAUUCGCGCGACGCCAGCAGUAGAUAUGGACUUCUCGACGCUGACCCUAGAAGAGUGGAGGAAGUUGGUUACGCCGCAGUUGGACUUUACCCAAACAUUGCACAGAGAGUCGUUACAUUGA